ACUCGGCGCGCGGCACCGCUAUGUGCGCACGCAUGCACCGCAAUUCCGCAACGCGGUAUACUUCGAAAAAAUGCAGUGAAGUGUAGUUGCGAUAAAAUGUAUUACUGACUACAAGAAGCCGCCAAAAUGAUGUGGCCGUCGUCCCAAGCUAGCAAAAUACUCACGUGCCUCCUAUUCGUCGUGUUCGCUUACUGCAUUUGUAUGGAUACGUUUCUGUAUUUACGUAUAAACAAUUAUGCGUUGGAUGCGUAUAUUCGCGAGAAUGCCAGUGAAUCGACGACUUCUAAAGUGCCAGUGAACUACGAAGAUGUUACUUGGAUCCCGUGCAGUGUUAAUCCUCUGUGUCAUCCGACUGUGAAGGCGUUAAUGGUUGAUCACAUAAACCACUAUAUCUACGGACCUCUGUGUGUAGUGCUAGAUAUAAGCCUAGGUAUAUCUGAGACUAUGUUGAUAAUAACACCGAAUAUGAUUUCUUUCUUUCACGUUGGCGUCGCAGUUUUUGGCGCGAAGCUUUUGACAUGUCAACAUUUGGCGCUCCGUCGUGUUGGUAUCGUGUUGUUCCAAAUUCGAAUGUUUUUGGACGACUUAGACGGUCAUGUAGCGAGAGAGAGGAAGCAUAUUAAAGGAGAAAGGUCCCUAGUCGGUACUAUGGGUUACUGGGUCGACGGAAUCUGUGAUUUACUAGGCGUGAUCGCUAUGAUGAUAGGAAUACUGAUAUACUUAAAGAAUAAUCCUCCAAGACGCGGUUACAAGGGUACCACAGUGACAACAUUACCAUACCACCAACUUAAAGAAAUUAACGCGAACGAAGAUUUGGAAAAAGAACACACGACGGAUGUUGGUAUUUCGUACAAAACUAAAGUGUGCUUUCAGCGUAUUGUCCAAGUUCUUGGCUUAUUCUCUGGGCAGAUGCUUCUCUCUUCUCUAGCGUGGAACAGAUAUAUAGAUUUGUAUCAGGAACUGCUCGAAAAUUGUCCAGAAUACGAUAUAUUUCGGCGGGAAACGAUGUUCAAAUCUAGAACGUUUUUCGUCGCUUCCGGUUUAUGGAGAUUGGUAAACCCUCAUAGUUACCUACAUCUACUAUCUCUAGCCGUGUUUUGCGAUAAGACUUGGGGUUUUCUAAAAGCUGUUCACCAUAGUGGUUAUGUUCUCCUGGUAGUCGUGACUGGAGCUUCAGAAUUCCUUGUUGAUAAUAUACGUUCUUAUGUUGUUGGGUAAAAUCGAGCUUAAAUGUUGGAGAGAAAUAAAUUGUAUAGUUACAAUGAUGUACAUGUAAUAUUGGGUCAGGGUACUUACAAAUUGUUUUCGAUUGCUUGAACGAAUUAAGAUUUGGCAAGGCAAGAGAGUUUUUUUUAAUUUAUUAAUUUAAUAAAACUUAAAACUACUUACUACAAUUAAACCGCGCCAAACGAAGGUUUAUCGGUGAGAUGUGCAAUAAAAUAAUAUGUCAAAUCCUAAUAUUUGGUCCGCGAGUGUAUUAUGUAUGGGGGGCCGCGGUGUCGUCUCUGGACCAUACAUACGUAACAUACCCAAUCCGAUUUUUUUUGCUGUUUAUUUUGUUAAGGUGGUCCGUGAACACUACUUAUUUGAUUUACUAGGGGGCGGGGCGGAAAAAGGUUGAUGGAUUAGGCGAUUGUGUAAAAGAUCUAAAACAGUGUUAUGUAUGUCGUUACAAAAUAAUUAUUACUCAUAAAAAUUGACUAUAAUGUUACAGGAUAUUAUGGUCGUAAUAUCCGGUGUUGUCUGUAACAUCGACGUUAUAAACGGUUUUAUUAAUUAUAUUGUUAUAAAUAGUUUUCGAUAAACACAUAAUGUCAUGUCACAGAGUAUUUUGUAUAUUUUGUCAUCGUUUUUUAAU